AUGAGAGGCGCGCUGGCGCGCUUGGCGCGGCGCACCGCCGCGGCGACGCUCGCGCCUCGCAUCCCCCCCCCGCCUGGAUGCGACGCGCUGACAGCUCCGCUCCCAUCCGUCGCGCCGUCGCUCCUGAAUCGCUUCGCGUCCUCGAAGAAGCGGUUCGAGAGCACGCCGGCGCGCGACGACCGCGAUCCGUCGACGGCGCGUGAGAAGAAAAACGAGGCGCCGCUGGCGAAGGGCGAACGCGCGGAGUACGACGGCGCGAUCACGCGGACGCACGCGUUCGCGGACGUCCAAUCCGGCGCGACCGUGUCCGUGCGCGCGCCGACGACGCGAGCGAAGACGUACCCUUGCCGCGUCGCCGUCGACCCGUGGGGACAGGACGACGACUGGACGCGCGUGGAGAUCACGACGAGCUGGCUGGGCCCGGAAGGCUCGACCGCGCCGUCGAUCGAGGUGUCGCGCCCGGACGAGAAGGCGAUCGAGGUCGUCGUGCGCGCGAAGGAGAAGGACGGCGAGACGAUCCGCGGCGAGGGCCACGUCACCGUCGUCCACGCGAAGAUCCCGCCGCGGUACUGCGGCGUGUCCGUCGCGAGCGGCGGCGGCGAAGUCUUCGUGCGCUCCGUCGUCGAGCCCGCGGAACCCGUGGACAUCGACUCCGGGGGCGGGCACGUGAGGCUGGGGGAGAUCCGCGGCGCGAAGCUGAACGUCGACACCGGCGGCGGGGAGCUGAGAGCGCAGAAACUGACGUGCGAGGGGCGCGUCGCGACGGACGGCGGCGACGUCGUCGUCGGAAAAUUCGUCGGAAGUUUAAAAGCGCGCACGACGGGGGGACGCGUCAAUCUCGAAACUCUCUUCGCGCAGGACGUCGACGUCGAGACGUCUGGGGGCGACUUCAUCGUCGGCAACGCGUCGCAGUGGCACGCGCGCGGGAGCGUGCGGACCGAGGGCGGGGACGUCAAAUUAGGCGGCGUCGGCGGGAACGGCGAGGAGACCUUGACGCUGGACACCGGCGGCGGGAAGUGCGAGCUCGAGCUUCACGAGCGGCUGCAUCGCGUGCACGCGCGCACCGACGGCGGGGACGUCGCGUUGACGGUCCCAGAGGGGUUCGCGCCGCGGGUCGUCGUGUUCGGGACGUACGACGGGAAUGAAGAACACGCGGGCGAGGUUGACUUGAGCGCGGCGACCAACGCGGGGGGAGAGGCGCGUUCUAUACACUGGUCCCCAUACGACCCCGUCGGCGUGGUGAACGCCGAUCCUUAA